AUGAGAAUAUCUAUAUUAUCUAGCUUUUUAUUUUUACUUCCAAAGACAAAAUAUUUAGCAAACAAAAAUUAUACAAGAAGACAAUUUACUAAUUAUAGUAAAAUGAUAUAUAAAUUUGAUUUUGAAGUUUUCGGAAAGGUUCAAGGUGUUUUUUUUCGAAAAUAUACAAAACUGGAAGCUGAUGUGUUAAAUAUAAAAGGAUAUGUACAGAAUACAAAUAAAAAUACAGUAAUAGGUACUGCUGAAAGUGAAAAUAAAGAAUCGUUGGAUAAGUUCAGAAAUUUUUUAACAAAUAAAGGCAGUCCUUCAUCACGAAUUGAUAAAUGUUUGAUAACAAAUGAAAAAACUACUGAUAUUGAUAUUUAUUUGGAAAAAAAAAUGAAGAAACAAAAAAAAAAUUCUAACGUCCAAAAUUUAGAAAAAACGUUAAGAAAACGUGGUGGUAAAAUUAAGACAAUUUAUGAAAAAUCGGAUGAUACCCAACUUAAAAAUAUUAUAGAUAAUAAAAUAGAAUAUAUAUGGAAUUAUAUUCUUAAUAUUGAUAAUAAAAUAAGUGAUGAUGAAAUAUUAAAAGAAGAAAUGAAACAUAAAAUAAAAAAAAAAAUAAGUUUUAAAAAAAUAGACAAUUAUGAUGAAAUAAUAUAUUAUAAUAAAAAUUUGGAAAAUUUAAUAAACAUUCAAAAAAUUCAAAAAACAUUACAACAUUUUAAUAUUAACAUAAAUAUUGAAGAUGUUAUAAAUAUGUUUUUAUAUUUUACUAACAAUAAAUCUUUUAAAGAAAAUUUAGAGAAAAAUAUUUAUUUCGAAGAUUAUGUUGAUAAAAAAAAAAAAGAAAACAAUUAUUCUUCAAUUGAUAUUAAUAAUUUAUAUAUAAACUAUGAUAUGUUUAAACAAAUAUUUUUAAAUAUAGAUCUUAAUAUAGCAAGUAACGGAAAUGUUUGGUGA